GGGAGGAUACUGGAGGUGAGGCAGGGAGCCAGGCAGGUUGUGGGCGAGUAAUAAAUAAUGCAAAUUAAUAGUAAAAAUAAGUCUUACGAAUGAAUGACUUAAUGGGAAAAUAGCAAGUAACAUCCCUCACUUCGGAAGGACAUGUACAAAAUGUAUUGUAUUCAGAAACAUAAGAUGAAUAGACCAUGCUUUGAAUUAUAACUUUAAAUAAAUGUGUUUAAAGUAAAAGGUGUUAGAAAAUAAUCUGCGACUUUGAAAGUGAUAAAAUAUGAAAACGAUGGAUUCUUUCUUGAAGGACAUUUCUUGGAAAUAUCUUCGCAUGUAUCCUCUGAAAGACAUCAUAUGGAAGGAUAUUACUGACACUCUGGUCAACUUUGAACAUGAUGAAUCUGUGAGCUUCCAAGAGAAUUUCCUGACUAACACUGUACAGCAUCCAAUUGCAAAAAGAUUUCCACCUACUACAAGUUAUGCUCGGUUGUUUCUCAAAAGUUUCAUUGAGCAGAUUGAAGGAAGUAACCAAGAAGUAUGUGAAGAUGUGUAUUUAGUCUACACAGAUCUCAUUACCCAGUCUGUAUCACUAUCAACAGAUCUUUGUUAUAGAACUUACAGACUACAGCCUGACUGUGUUCUGACAAUUAAGGAAACACGUAAACUGAUUUCAGAUGGGACGACUGGUUUGUAUACUUGGGAGGCUGGCCACGUGUUAGCAGAAUGGUGCUCAGAGAAUAAACCUCUGUUUCGGAAUAAAAGAGUCCUUGAGCUGGGUUCAGGUUUAGGCCUGAUGGGUUUAGCUGUUAUAAAGAUUUGUGAACCAGCCUCAUAUAUUUUCACAGAUCUGCCAACAACUGUCUUGACAACCUUGGCAGAAAAUGUAAAAAUUAACCUUGAAAGUGAUACAACCAAUGAAGUUUCUUCCAUCUGUGAUUGGACAGAUGGCAUGGAUACUUCAUACAAUCACACGAAAGUGAAUGUUAGAAGAUUAAACUGGGAGCAAGACUCGUGUGAUAUUACAACUGAUAUAAUUCUGGCUGCAGAUGUUGUGUAUGACCCUGCCAUUGUAAACUGCCUUGUUGACACCUUGAAGACUGCAUUGAAUAACAGCCCAGCGUCUGUAGCUAUUGUAGCGUGCACAUUACGGAAUUCUGACACAUUAGCAUUCUUUAAGGAUGUGUUAACCAAAGAGAAGGUGAAGAUAUCUUGGGAAACACAGAGGCAACACCAAGAGUCUCCAUCAUGGCCACAGUCCAUAGUUAGUCUCCUACAGCUAUCCUUAUAAAUAAUGUAAAGUGCAUGGACAGAGUUUGUCCAAGUUAUUAUGUGCACCUGCAAGGAAAGGAUAAUUAAAAUUUUCAUUUAUAUUA